GGCCGGGCGCCACCGCCAGGACAGUCCAGCAGCGGCGGCUGAAGUGCGGCGGCUGGGCUGCGGCGGCUGCAGAGGACUAGCCCCAGAGAGCAUGAACCGCGAGCUGGAACGGCUAGCGGCCCAGCCCGCGCUCCUGGGGGAGCCUCCCUUCCAAGAGCUGGUGGAGGCGGCGGGCGGACGCGGGCAGGUGUUGCUGGUGGGCGAGCUGUGGGAGCGCGAGCAGAGCCGCGCACUGCUGCGGGACUUCGCCCGGACCGUGUUCCCGACCGAGCAAGGCGCGGGCAAGCCAGGCAACGUGGUGGCCGAGGGCGCUGGGCCCGGCGCUCCCAGGGCUCCGCUGGCGCCCAGGACGGCGAGGGCGCGCGCUAUCCACUCGCCGCUCGUCUUCGUGCUGUGCCGCGCAACCUCGCUGGCCGCCAGGGAGCCGCGGCGCCGCCUGCGGGAGAUGCUGAGGGAUGUGCGUGACCGGCGGGCGGCCGGCGCGGCGCUGGUUGGGGUACUGGUGGCUGAGGCCGGGCCCGAGGACGCGGUGGCGCCGGCGUUGCGACGCUUGGAGGCUCUGCUACGCACAGUGUUCGGCAGCCAGGUAGGGGGACCGGUGCAGGCGGCGGCCUACAGCCCCAGCCACCCAGCCUCCAGCCUGGCGGUCCAGGCAGCUGCUAGCAGGGCACUGCAAGACGCCGGUCCCGCGCGACCAGCGGAAGGAGCCUGGGAGAGACCCGGCCUCCCGGCACUGCUGGCGUGCUUCUCCUGGGGCCCCUGGAGCCGGAGGAAGGACCCAUAUGCCACCUCCCCCAGUGGCCCAGCUCACGGUCACUUGCAGGACCCCGAGGAGGAGCUGGCGCUGACGGUCAUACUUCCCAACGGAGACUGUGAAGACCCUGGAAAGGCGUCUGGGGCCUGCCAUGGAGCUGUCCACGCUCCCCCAGCUCCCCCCGAGCCUGCUGGGGACUCCAGAUGAAGGCUGCGCCCCUGGGCCACCCCAGCUCCGACCUGCAGGCUGGGGGCUAGCUCCUCGUCACUGAGUCCUUGGGCCUCCGUGUUGACAGUGGGGUGGCCAUCACUAGGGAGACCCCACCUUCUGGGGGGCUGCCGCAUGGUCAGAUUCCCAGUCAGGCAGCGGGACUUACGAAGCGAAGCCGGACCUACGAAAACAGACCAUCUGAGAACCUGCCCCCCACCUCAUAUUUGGUCACGCUGGUCAGAGUGAAGUGGUUUCUUCGCUCUGU